AUGAACUGGUUUAAACAGACCCUGGCCAACGUUGCCGGGACACAGGAGCCGAUCUAUGGGCCCACGGCUAUACAGUCGGUGGUUGACCAGGCAAAGACGAUACCCUACACGGAGGUGAAUAAGGAUCAUUUACGAUGGGCAGCGAUGCAGUCGACUUGCGUCGAGACCCAGACCUUCUAUCUCUUCUCGGAUAACGGAGAUGUUGCCUCCCUCCAGCUGAUCUACAACAAUGUCGUUGGCCUCCAUACAACUUGCCAGUUCAAUUGCAAAGUGUUCUCCAAGGAUCCAGCGAAACCUCACUUAUGGGCCUCCGACCCCGUCCAGAACCAUAUUUUUGCUGAAGAUAUGCUCUCUUUUGGCGGCGACAAUGUUGCCAUCUCUCUCAAUGAUGAAGGGACCGCAUAUACCAUCAAGUCGGCUAUCAACGAAGAUAGUCUAGUCAAUGUUACCAUCACCCGCACUGCUCCAGGUUUCGUCGCAGGUAAGGACGGAAUCUCGACAUUCGGAACCGAUCCAAUGAAUCCAUGGGGCAGUAUGAGACAUGCCUUUUGGCCACGAUGCAAAGUUGAAGGUUCAAUCAUUACCCGCGAAAGAGAAAUCGACUUCGCCGGAAAGGGAUUUUUCGUCCAUGCACUCCAGGGCAUGAAGCCCCAUCACCUUGCUGCGAGAUGGAAUUUUGUUGACUUUCAAUCACCCACCUUCUCUGCUAGCAUGAUGGAAUACACGACGCCUCCUUCAUACGGCUCCACCGUCGUGAAUGUCGGUGGCGUAGCAAAGGAUGGAGAAAUUAUAUAUGCCGGUGCCCCAAAUUCCAUAACUCAUACUGAAGCCACCCAGGAUUCUGAGAAUGACUGGCCUGAACCAACUGCUCUAAAGAUCACCUGGUCUGGCAAAACGGCAAACGGUAAACUCUUCGAAGCUAUAAUCGAAGGUUCCCUGGGCCAGAGAAUGGACCGAAUUGAUGUCAUGGCUGAAGUACCAGGCUUGAUCAAGUCUCUUGUCGGCAGUGUUGCUGGGACACGACCAUAUGUAUAUCAGUUCAUUCCACCGCACAAGCUGCCCAUCAAGAUUAAAGUUGGAGAUGGCGAGGAGAUCACAGAAGAAGGUACCCUUUUAAUGGAGGCUACCUUUAUCUCCUAG